AUGAGUAGUAACGCUCACACUCGGUCGGGGUUGAGAAAGAAGACCGGGAGGAAGAAACGAGCGAUAGUAUUACUCCUCCUCUUACUCAUCGUCGUUUUGGUCGUCGCGUUCCAAUGCGUCCGGAUAGAAGUCGUCUCGUCGGACGAGGACGAAGAGAAGGCAGAAGGAGCAGGCGCGAGAGUUGCGCUGCCCUGCGAUCCGAGCUCGAGCGAAGAAUUAAAGCAUCAACAACAACAGUCGUCGUCAUCAUCUCGAAUGAGAGAGAACGACGACGUAAACGACGGGAAAGCGAGACGAACGAAAAGUAGUGCGAAAGAACGUUCAUGCGAAGAUCCGGAGCGAGUGGACAGUUUAAUCCGCUCGCACGCGUGCGAAACCGGCGCGAGUGGAGAGCACGUGCAGGUGCAGCUGAGAGCGAUGCCGAGGAAACCAAGCUCGUCGGAUGCGCAGGAGGAGGAGGAGGAGACGAAGAAGAGUCACAACGACGACAACAAGAACAACAUCGAAAGGAGGAUCCGAAAGAAGAGGAGAAAACUUUUAAACAACGUGGAAGACGUGGACCCGGAGAUGGAAAACCAGGAGAUGAACCGAGUUUUAGAACGGUUUCGUUCGGGGCGGAUGAGAGUCGACGGGACGAGGAACAUUUUUCACGACCCCGAAGACGGGAAGGCGGCUUCGACGUUGAAAACGUAUAAAACGUGCGCGGUGGUUGGGAAUUCAGGGACGUUGCAAAAGACCGCGUACGGAGCGAUGAUUGAUAGCGCGGAGGCGGUUUUUAGAGUGAACGAUGGGGUAGCGAAGAGAGGAUGUUCUUUGUACGCCGGGUCGAGGACGACGGUGAGAGUCGUGGACGCGAAAGCGCUCGGGAAGAUGGAGAUUUUAGCAGACGACGAGGAGGAAGGAACGACGAGUACGACGACGAAUAGUUUUAGUAGGAGCAGGAACGAAACGAUGGUAGUUUUAGUGAACGCGGACGAACACGAGAGAGAAACGAUCGCGAGUUCGGAAUACUUUAAUCACGCGAAAAGUGUGAAGAGAGUGCACGAGGACGUUCAAGACGGCGCGAGCGUUUUAAUGCACUCGUUUCGCGAACAUUUGGCAAAAGUUGGAAAGAUGCAAGGCGCGGGUGGAAACGUGCCUUCGACGGGAAUGAUCACGUAUUACCUGGCGCUUCGAUUGUGCGAUUUUGUCGGUUUAUACGGUUUCGGUUUGUACGUGGAAAAAGAACGCGUGGAAAAUACGCCUUCAUCCGGGAAGAAAAAAUCCGUCGCUCCAGUCACCGCCGUCCACGAUUUCUACCGCUACUACGACGCGAAACGAAACGUAGAACUCGGCAUGCGCCAAACGCACUCGUUCGACACCGAACGCAUGCUCAUGUCUCUCAUCUCUCGCUCCACCGGUCGCAGUAAACUCUGCGGCUUCAAAAAAGACGGCGACGAAGACGAAGUCACCAAACGCAUCCGAAGAGAACAAGACCGACGCGCGAGACAGUUAGCGCGACGCACCGGCCGAGGUAAAGUCAAAGGAGGAAGUGCGAGUAACUCUAACGCGGCAUCGGCAUCGUCAGAAAGCGCGAACACCGGCGUCUCCGUUGCCGAAGAGAAACCGAUCGAACACGCCGUCGACUGGGAAGCGCGCUUGGGCGACGCCGGCUAG